CGCGCUCGGGGGGGCGGUUCUGCUCUCCGGUGUCCUGGCUGCUCUCGGCGCUCGGACUCUCCGUGGGGCCUCUGUGAGGACUGGGCAGCCUCCUCCGCCCUGCUGCUGCGCUGGGUUGGCAUGUCCCAGCCCUCCCAGCCUCUCCGGCAUGGAUCUGCUGCAGAAGAGCAAAUACAGCCACCUGCGGAACGAGUCCGUCUCCUCCCUGGAGGAGGCGGCGGGAGGCACGGGGGCCCCGGCCUCCCCGGUGGAGUCCUUUGCAGGCACGCAGUCUCUGCCUGGCUCCCUGUCAUCCUCCUCCCUCAGCCCCAUGCUGCCUCUCGGGGAGCUCUCGUCCGAGUCGGAGGACAGCCCCACCACCCUCUGCUCCUUCUUCCCCAAAAUGGCCAACCUGAAGCUCUCUAACCCUGCCAGCCUGCUCAGCCUGCGGGGCUUCUCGGCCGGCAGCCUCAAGGAGGCCGGGAGCCCGGGGGAGCCCGGCCCAGGCGGGCCGCUUGCACCGGCGUCGGGGGGGGCUGCCAGCCCCGACUCAGCGGGGCCUGUCGCUGUCUGUCCCCAGGAUAUGAACAAGCUGAGCUGCGGGAAGAAGACGCGGGUGGAAGGCGGCCAGCUUGGCGGUGAUGAGUGGACCCGCCACGGCAGCUUUGUCAAUAAGCCCACCCGCGGCUGGCUGCACCCCGAUGACAAGGUCAUGGGCCCCGGAGUCUCUUACCACGUCCGGUACAUGGGCUGCGUGGAAGUCCUCCAGUCCAUGAGGGCUUUGGAUUUCAACACCAGGACUCAGGUCACCAGGGAGGCGAUCGGCCUGGUGUGCGAGGCAGUGCCCGGCGCCAAGGGAGCCGUGCGGAGGAGGAAGCCCUGCGGCCGCUCCCUCAACUCCAUCCUGGGCAAGAGCAACCUGAAGUUUGCUGGCAUGCCAAUCACCCUGACCAUUUCCACCAGCAGCCUCAACCUCAUGGCUUCUGACUGCAAGCAGAUCAUUGCCAACCAUCACAUGCAGUCCAUCUCCUUCGCUUCGGGGGGAGACCCGGACACAGCCGAGUACGUCGCCUAUGUUGCCAAAGACCCCGUCAACCAGAGAGCCUGCCAUAUCCUGGAGUGCCCCGAGGGCUUGGCCCAGGAUGUGAUCAGCACCAUUGGCCAGGCCUUCGAGCUGCGCUUCAAGCAGUACCUGAAGAACCCCCCGAAGCUGGUGACGCCCCACGACAGGAUGGCUGGGUUUGAUGGCUCUGCCUGGGAUGAGGAAGAGGAGGAACCAGCCCCGGAUCACCAGUACUACAACGACUUCCCCGGCAAGGAGCCCCCCAUCGGGGGGGUGGUGGACAUGCGGCUGCGGGAGGGGGCCGCUCAGGCCCCCAAUCACUUGGGGGCCACACUGCCCGUGGGCCAGAUGUCCGGAGGGGAAUACGACCCCCGGAAGCAGCUCGGUCCUGCCCAAGCAGGGAGGGAGAAAUACCCCGCUGCAGCAGGUGCCUCCGGCCGCACAGACCUCUUUGAUGACCCAUCUUACGUCAACGUGCAGAACAUGGACAAGACACGCCAAGCAUCGGCUGCCGCCACCCCAGCCACCGCCAACGGCAGCACCCAGAGAGACCUCUUUGACAUGAAGCCUUUUGAAGACGCCCUGCGCGUCCCCCCCGCUGUGCCCAUGGGGCUGCCUCCUGCCCAGGUGGUGGCCUCCAUGGAGGAGCAGCUGAGGCGGGAGCCCUGGUACCACGGGAAGAUGAACCGCAAGGAGGCUGAGAAGCUGCUGAAGGUGAACGGGGACUUCCUGGUGCGGGAGAGCACCACCACCCCGGGCCAGUACGUGCUGACCGGCCUGCAGGGCGGGCAGCCCAAGCACCUGCUGCUCGUCGAUCCCGAAGGAGUGGUGCGGACGAAAGACCAUCGCUUCGAGAGCGUCAGCCACCUCAUCAGCUACCACAUGGACAAUCACCUGCCCAUCAUCUCGGCCGGCAGCGAGAUGUGCCUGCAGCAGCCGGUGGAGAGGAGACUGUGAGGCGCCCGGGUGCGCGGCCCCCUGCCCGCUCCCUGCCCCAGGGAGCCCUCGGACUCUCAGCUGUUUUCCUGGGACGGGUGGAGACGCCCUGCCCGGGACUGAGCGUGGACUGGCUGGGCCCGGGCCUGUCCCCCUCCGCCGCGUGGAGCCGGAGGCAGCGGGCGGGGGGGCGGCAGCGCCGGCGUGAGCUGUCUGCAGGGCGCGGGGGCUGCUCCGGCCGGAGCCCCCGCCGCCUCCCAGCUCCAGCCUUUGCACAGCUACUACCAAAACCCGGCCGGUGCCCGGGCCGUGGCGUCGCUCCCGCGUGGCACCGCUGCGGCCGCGCUCGCGCUCACCUGCGUGGGCGCGGAGCCUCUCCGGCCGCGCUCCCGGCCCCUCCGGGCCUCCCGAGGGGGGGAGCCAGCCCGCGGGCUCCGGCCGGGGGGACGCGGCAGGGCUGGGCCCUGUGCUCUGCCCCCGAAGCACAAGGCCCGGCCGCCCCCCCGAAUGUACCCGAUCACUUUACGUGUUAACUCUGUGCCUUGACCCCGCAGGUCCAACACACUUAUGCAAUGCAGCCGGGCUGGGGGCGAGCGCGCGGCCCCUCGUCCCGUGGCCGCCGGGUCGCCGUGCCCGCUCCCCGUGCCCCGCAGCCCGGGGUGGCCCCGGCCCCGGCCCGGCGGCCCCCUCGCAUGCACGUUGUUAUACCCCGAAGCCAAAGCGUAGCCCUGCCCCGACUCACGGCCCGGGCCGGGGCCGCCCGCCCAGGCCCUGCUAUACCAAAGGAACCGGCGGUUGGUAUUAAAGUUGGUAUUUCUCUA